AUGGAAGGAUCUAUUGAUUGUUAUUUUAAUAAAUUAUUAGAAGGUAUGGAGAGAAACAAUCUCGCAUCAAGGCACAGACGACGACAAUUGGUAAAAUUUCUUUCUGAUGUCAUUGAUAAUUCUGCAAAAGUCGAAAUUGUAGAUGAAAUAGAAAUUUGCGAACGCAUAGUGAGAGCAGCUUUACGAUAUCAUAAUAUUUCUAUGACUGAAAACUACUCAAUUUGCAUACUUGGAAAAUUUCAUAACGUUCUUUACAUUGCGGCUAAACUCUGCUACGAUUGGCAAGUCAACAAUAACGAACUUGUAAUUAAUAUUCUUAAUGACAUAUUCUACUGUGAAAAAUCUUUUGAAAGAAUAUUUAUUGGGGCGAUUCUUGGAACCAGAGUAACACACUUUUUGUCAGGAUGGAAAAGUGAUUUUGAAAAUAAAGAGGAGAAUAUAAAGGCUUUGGUAUACUUUUUAGAUCAUGCGAUUCAAGCUCGUUUAGAAUUUUAUUGUCUCUCUUUAUCAUCAACAAGAAGGUUCAUUGAUGUGCCGAUGGAAUCAUACGGGCAAGUAGUACCUCUGCACGUAGCUGUACAAAAUGCUUCACCAGAUAUUCUCCAAAUAAUGCUCCGAUACGGUGCAUCCAUUAAAGACGACCGAUUUAUUCCUGCUCCUAUUGAGGUUCUUCUUGCUCGGAUAAAUGAAUACAACGAGGAAGUUACAUGCCCACAGCAGCUGCUUAUUUGUCUUAAACUACUACUACGUACAAUACCUACCAUAAUUAUUAAGAUACCUAAUCAUCUAACAGAUUCUAACAAUAUCCAGAAUAUUUCUAUUUAUAAACAAUAUCCAAAUCUCGCUCUAAGAAAACUUCUUCCUCCAGAGAGAUUGGGUAGUGUUCCACCUGAGCUGAAACAUUUGUGUAGAUGUCGAAUAAGACAGUGUCUUUCGGAUAAUUGGGCACUUCCUCAUGGCAUAAAACUACUACAGAUACCUAAAUUAUUACAAGAUUAUCUUGAUCUUUUAACCGAUUAAAAAAUCAAUAAAAUUCAUGACUAUUAAAUGGAUGAUACAAGUCAAUUAUUUAAAUAUAUAGUAUCUAAUUGUUAGACCAAAUGGAAUUUCCUUCCAUAAGAAUACCAACGUAUUUUAAAAAUUGUCAAUUUAUUAUUGAUAACAUGAUUUCCAUUUUGAAAUUUGUUGAAAGAUAUAUUAAUCUGCUUAUUAAAGAUGUACAACCGUAUUUAUCACAACAUUAAUGACAACAUUGAUGGGUCGGUCAUGUUUCAAUCACAUUAAAAAUAUCGUUCACAGCCGUUUAAAAGCAAUACCUACAUUCUGAAACUAUUGUUACUUCGUUAUUAAUGUUUUUUAUAAUUGACUAA